AAAAAACCAAAAUAAAAGAACACAAAAAACUUAUAGGGCAGCUCUACUUCUAUAAUACUUAUAUCAUGUAGGUUCCUUAUCAAUGAGGCACCUGCUUAGGUCCUCAGUAACCCCUAUUUCCUUGAUAAGGAUAAGGUCUGCAGCAACUCCCUGGUGAGUGAUGGCAUCUGAGCUGUAGUGACAGAGCUGUCACCUAGUGGAUAGGCAGGGGGAAAAUGAAAGACUGAGUAGCGGCUCCUAUCACCACCUACCUCAUACAACCCUGAGACUUAAAACGGAAGCCUGAAAGGAGGAAACUUCAGGGACUGGAGUUAUUGGCCAGGUAGCCUGAUAUAGCCUAGGUUAAGAUGAAGUUUAGGGUUCAGGGUCUGAUAUUCUAGGGCCAAGUCUAGCAGCUCUAUAUGUUAACAGUAACAAACCUAGAAUUAGGCCUUCCCUUUCUAAGACCAGCACAGUGUUAGCUUCCCACAGACCUGUUGCCUGUUUUUCUACCCACUGAUCCUGACCUGAUGGAGUACUCAAAGAACAUGUUAGGAUCCCUCUGUUGUAAUCAGCCAGCCAAACUUAUGAACUGAUUCCCUAGGAUCUCUUGACUCUGCAUCUCUGCCCAGAACAACUCUAACCUCCCAGAGCAAUCCUAGGGCAUAUCCAGCCAACCACCUGAGUGUGGAGGCAGAGGGACAAACUCUAAACACAUACACACAUACAUGUAAACAUAUAGGCUCUUCUUGCUCCAGGUGUCUAGUAGGGAUGUAGACGUAGCCAUGAAUUAGCUAGUGAGAAGCGCUGCCUCCAAGGUGCUCCCAGAGUAGCUCCUAUUCAGGUGUGUGAAGUCUACUUGGAAGCUUCCUUUUUCCCAAUCACCUGCCAGACUGUCUUCAUGCUGGAGGCCAGCCACGUAGAAUGAGGUUGCCGUAAGGACAGCCCACCCCUGGAAGAGAAUCCCAAAGCCAGCAGAACCUCUCUAAUUAGAUCUUAAAAGUCAGUAAAGGGAUUUCAGCUAAGACUGGGACCAAAUCUUCCCUUUCUCUCUAUGCUGUAGGCAGGGAGGUGAGUGUGUCCCCUGCUGACUGAUGAGGCCUGAGUAGCCAUAGGACUUACUGGAGCCUCUGUAAGGUGGGGGUGGGACAGUUAUUCUUGGAUGUGCUAGGGUAGAGUUUCAGAUUUGUUUAUCUUUGUAGGAGGCACCUUGGGGCCAUGGAAGAGGCACCCAGCUCAUCACUGACAUUCAGAUCACCUGGCCUAGAGGGUCCUCAGAUUUCAUUGUCUUGCUGUGUAUGCAUUUGGGGCACAACUGUAUUUCUUCCAGGAGAUUUGGGGAAAGGUACUAAAAUACAGUGGUCCUCAGCAAGUCCAGGCUAAUGAGCAUACUGGCUGACACUGAAAUAUUCUUCACAACUGUCCUGGGGAUUGUGCAGGCCAGAGUUAGUACUAUUAAUAUCUGGUGCAUGAGCCCUAACCGGGUGAUCCUCUUAUACAUGUGGCCUUAGCCUCUGAGACUAGCAUUGUGUGCCCUUAGUGCAGUAGGGCUCCUGGGGCCACAUAGCUGCUGUGCCCCACCCCCUGUAUAUAGUAAGCUACUGCUGCCAGCCUAGGGGUCCAACCCUACCUAGCUCUUCUGCUGUGCUGCCCACAGGAGUGAUUCCAUCCGUGGAGGAUCAGUUCAGGUGCCCAGAAAUCCCAAGCUGUCCUUGGGGACAACAGUAGUUCUAAGAGGUAGUGAUACUCUAACUGCUAGCACCUAGACCACAUAUACCUGGGUCAUCCCACUGUCCAGGGAUACCCACCUCUGAACCCUCUGUACCUACCUGCAUCCUUGGCAAUGAGCAGCCCCCCAGCUUACCCUGGCAUCAGGAUCUCAGGGUGCAGGACUCUUGGAGCAGAAGGCAGCAGCAAUGCAGGGUCCUUGGACAGACUUCUCCCACCAGUGGGUACCGGACGCUCACCCCGGAAGCGCACCACCAGCCAGUGCAAGUCAGAGCCACCCCUGCUUCGUACAAGCAAACGUACCAUCUACACAGCUGGGCGGCCACCAUGGUACAAUGAACAUGGCACACAGUCCAAGGAGGCCUUUGCCAUUGGCUUGGGAGGUGGCAGUGCAUCUGGGAAGACCACUGUGGCAAGAAUGAUCAUUGAAGCACUAGAUGUGCCUUGGGUGGUCCUGCUGUCCAUGGAUUCCUUCUAUAAGGUUCUGACACAGCAGCAGCAGGAACAGGCUGCCUGCAACAAUUUCAACUUUGACCACCCUGAUGCCUUCGACUUUGAUCUCAUCAUUUCCACCCUCAAGAAACUAAAGCAGGGCAGGAGCGUCCAAGUACCCAUCUAUGACUUUACCACUCAUAGCCGGAAAAAGGACUGGAAAACACUAUAUGGUGCAAAUGUCAUCAUCUUUGAGGGUAUUAUGGCCUUUGCUGACAAGACACUGCUGGAGCUCCUAGACAUGAAGAUCUUUGUAGACACAGACUCUGAUAUCCGACUCGUACGGAGGCUACGCCGGGACAUCAGUGAGCGAGGCCGGGACAUUGAGGGUGUCAUUAAGCAGUACAACAAGUUUGUCAAGCCUGCUUUUGAUCAGUACAUCCAGCCUACCAUGCGCCUGGCAGAUAUUGUGGUGCCCAGAGGGAGUGGGAAUACAGUAGCCAUUGACCUGAUUGUGCAGCAUGUCCACAGCCAGCUGGAAGAGCGUGAACUCAGCGUCAGGGCUGCUUUGGCAUCAGCUCACCAGUGCCAUCCCCUUCCCCAGACAUUGAGUGUCCUCAAGAGCACACCACAGGUACGGGGCAUGCACACCAUCAUCAGGGACAAGGAGACCAGCCGGGAUGAAUUCAUUUUCUACUCCAAAAGAUUGAUGCGGCUGCUUAUUGAACAUGCACUGUCCUUCCUACCCUUCCAGGACUGCACUGUACAGACCCCACAGGGGCAAGACUACGUGGGAAAGUGCUAUGCUGGAAAGCAGAUCACUGGAGUGUCCAUUCUUCGCGCAGGGGAAACCAUGGAGCCUGCACUGCGUGCUGUGUGCAAGGAUGUGCGCAUCGGCACUAUCCUCAUCCAGACCAACCAGCUUACGGGGGAGCCUGAGCUCCACUACCUGAGACUUCCCAAGGAUAUUAGUGAUGACCAUGUGAUCCUGAUGGACUGCACAGUAUCCACAGGUGCUGCAGCCAUGAUGGCUGUACGUGUACUCCUGGACCAUGAUGUGCCAGAGGACAAGAUCUUUUUGCUCUCCCUGCUCAUGGCAGAGAUGGGUGUGCACUCUGUGGCCUAUGCAUUCCCACGUGUAAGAAUCAUCACCACAGCUGUGGACAAGCGUGUCAAUGACCUUUUCCGUAUCAUCCCAGGCAUUGGGAAUUUUGGUGAUCGCUACUUUGGGACAGACGCAGUUCCUGAUGGCAGUGAUGAGGAAGAGACAGCCUCUAUGGGCUAGUUCCCAGUCUAAGCUACUUGUAUCUCUAUCAAGCCUCCCUGUCUCCAUUAACUUAUUUGAAUUUAAAAUGUUACCAUUCAGUUUACACAUUUCUAAAUCAAAUAAAGCUUUAGAAAAUGGA